UUCGCCCACCGGCGGCCUUGACGCGGGUGAACCGAGCCGAAGACGAGGCAGCGGGACUCCUGCGGGAUGGGGACAGACGAGUGUGUCCCACCAGAGUUUACAGCUGCUUUGUCGCGGGGCAGCAAACACACGGACGGGACCGCGCAGCCCAUGUAGCCCGGCACCGGGGGGACGACGACCACCACCACCGCACCGGGACUCGGAUGCGCUGCGGGGGUCUGGAAAAAGAAAAAGGAAAAAAAGAAAAAUGGGAGCGGUGAAGUGAAAAAAGAAAAGAAGACGGGCGAAAGAAGAACCGCGGAGGAAGUUGUGGAUGAACGGCGGCGAAGGCAUAAUGGUCCUCCUCCUGUGUUUCGGCUUGUCUCUGCUGGCGGCGGUCCAGUCCAGUGGCGCCAUCAGGAACUGCCACCCCGGUUGCCACUGCGAGGUGGAAAGCUUCGGCCUGUUCGACAGCUUCAGCCUGACCAGGGUGGACUGCCGCAGGCUGGGUCCCAGCACCACCAUGCCCGUCCCCAUCCCGCUGGACACCGCCCACCUGGACCUGUCCUCCAACUCCAUGGGCCCGCUCAGCGACGCCAUGCUAGCCGGUCCGGGCUACACCACGCUCAUCAGCUUAGACCUCAGCAGCAACCAUAUCACAGAGCUAAGCCCCAACGCCUUGUCCAAGCUGCGUUACCUGGAGACUCUGGAUCUGAGCCGCAACGACCUGCAGCGCCUCUCCCCGAGAUGUUUCUCCGGCCUCCCUCUGGCCGAAGUGGACCUCAGCCACAACAGCUUCAAGGAGUUCGACAUGGACGUGUUCGCGACCAAAGUCAACGGUGAACCCGUCAGCGUGGAUCUGUCGCACAACGAGCUCGCGUCCGUCACCACGACGCCGCGCGGCAAACUUUUACACAUUCAGACGUUAAAUCUGUCGGCGAACCGGCUGUCGAGUGUACCGAGGCUGCCGGGACUUCCGCUGAGGUACCUCAAUCUGGAUGGUAACCCCAUCGCGCACAUCGCGGAGGGAGCCUUCGCGCCGCUGAAAGAUCUGGUUUAUUUAUCCAUCAGUGGCCUCGAUGGGCUUCAGGGAAUUGCGCCGCGCAGCUUCGAGGGCCUCCAGAGCCUCCAGGUCCUGGACCUCUCCCACAACCACAUGCUGAAGGCCCUGAGCCCCGCCGUUUUCAGCGGACUGGACUCCCUGCAGGAGCUUAAUUUGUCGGGCUCCGGCGUGGCGUCCUUGCCAAAUAACAUGCUGACCCACUUGCCCAGCAUUAAGAGCAUUACGCUGGGACCAAACAUCCACUGCUGGAGGACCCAGAAACAGGGGCAGUUCCACCGGCAGCUGGGCCAGGUCCAACACAACGAGGUCCUGAACUGCAACGUGGAGGGCGUCGCGCUGUGAGGCCGGACGCGGGACCACUCCUGACAAUCAUAAUGCCAGAGCUGUGCCUUAUGUGCUUUGAUAUGCAAUACACUUUAUUUUUUGUGUAACUCUCAAAAUUACCUCUAUUUCAAAGUUUUGCUUUGAAAUAUGUCUUAAAGGUUUAAUGUGGGCUUCACGAACACGCAAAUGCUGUAGCUUUUUAGAAGCAAUUUACAUAAUUUUCACAGCACAGGACAAUUCUUUCACAUCUUAACUUACAGUAGAGAAUGAACUCGUAGUGAACCUUUACUUAAUGUAUUUCAUGUAAAGUGGGACCAUAUUAUUUGCACUUAUUCCAAUUCCAUUUCUUUUUAGAUAAUACACCUGCACCUGGACGAAACGUCAUCCCGUGUCAUAGCCUACAAAGCCUUCUGUUGACCACUAAGAAUUUCUCAUUUGACUUUGAAUGUUAUGUGAUUUAUAUAGAAACGAUAAGAAAGGAAUUGUAUUGCAUUUUGGGAAUUGCACAUAUUCGCUUCACAGUCAAAAAGUAUCGAUGGGGCUUUGCACAAAGACUUGAUGCAGGGGGCGAACAGCAAGCUGGGCCGAGUUCACCGUUUGUAGGAAUAAAAUUUAAAGAAUACUUUCUACUGUGGAUUAGAUGGAUUACGGGCUGAGCUAGCUGUUUUCCCCGUUUCCAGUCUUUAUGUGCAGUUCGUAGACACGACUCGUUGUCUCGAGACUGGGGGUCUUGCAGUUGUUGCCAGUUCGUACGUGAUCGACUGGCUACCGGGGGUCACGUGCCACACACGAUUCUUCACCAGUAGAAAACAUCCGACUACGCUGUAGUCCUGUGUUCUGAUUUGACGGCCGUUUCCGCCGAUUCGUCUAGAUCACUUAGCCUGCUAGAAAUCUUGUCGGGGAGCCUCUCGAAUCGUGUCAUUGAAAAGUUGCGAACUUUGUCGGCGAUUGGAAAAAAAUAAGGCUAAAAAUCGCGUGGCGUGAACUGAGCAUUCAUAUUUACUGUACAGACGUGAUAGUGGUGUCAAACGAGUUCAUCUAUUGUGGUCUGAAAGGCUGAUUUCGCGUCACCCGCACCGGGUGACGCCAAUAACGCAAAGACACGAAAUUCGCUCGAGUGGCGAAUAAAAGCUGAUUAGCGCCGAGACCCUCCCGACGUCACUGACGUCCGACAGAGGUCGGGUGGACGUAAACGCCAUUUACGCCCAAUAAAAUGCAUAACGACCCGGCCGGCCAAAAGGAAAUGUCAAAAAUUGCGCUUGGCGUGUCGGUGUGAACGCAGCCGUGUCGCAGCCACGACAUUUGCAGCUUACUGCUUGAAAUUUCUCCUGCAAGUGUUGGACAGAAACUGACAGCUUGUCCGUGGUGAUUUGACAAUUUCUUUCUCAGCGUGGCAGCAGGUUUGGUGUUGACCGCCUUUGCGAUCGACGUCCACGCUUCGUUCCGAUUCGCUGACCUGCGUCGCCGUCGUCUCACCGGCGUCACGCGACUUAAACGAGUCGUGUCGGUGGCGCCUGGGAAUUUUUCAUUCUGACCCUCUGACAAACCCUCCAUUCUCCAGAUCAACAAGAAAAGCCGUCUCCGACACUUUCACAUAUUUGGUAGCGAAGUUGGACGCUGGUAUCUUGUUGACGCGCGAACGCCGCGCCGCCGCCCGUGAAAAACCUCACCGUAGCAUUCCUGUCCUGUGGUGUUUCCCCUGGAGAGGAGCAGCCUCCCGACUGCACGUGAAGAGUUCGUGAAUGUCCGAUUUGUCAACGGCUCGAUGGUGUUUCUCUCGGUUUUGAGAUUUUUAAAAAAGUAAAAUCCACCUUUCGUCGGCUGGUUAACUGAACGCCAGAUGAGCCCAGUUUUUAUAUUUGUAUGUACCGUACGCAACUCUGAUGUAUAUAACUUUAUAUAUAUUUGACUCUUAUGUGUAAUAAAUGGACUAUUCUCACA